AUGGGAAUCGGCGACUAUCCUGCCGAAUACAACCCAAAAGUCCAUGGACCGUACGAUCCUGCUCGUUAUUAUGGCACACCCGACAAACCUUUUGGGCAACUAAAACUGGGAGAGGUCACUGAAUGGGUGGGACGUCGUAACAAAUCUCCAAAAGCAAUUGCUGGAUUAUUUUCCCGCGCAUAUUGGAGAUGGUCACAUAAAUAUGUUCAACCGAAACGUACAACAGCUGCUCCAUUGAUUCAUAUUCUUGCAGGUUCCAUGUUGUUUUUCUACGCUAUUAACUAUGGCAAAUUUGUUAAUCAUCGCAACUACAAACACCACUAA